AUGUUUGUGAGUUAUGUUCGGACAUUUUUUUUACGGUUACCUGUGUUUUCAUCCGUAUUUGGUCACCAAAUACGUUUUACUCAUUCUCAAAAGAUUAUUCUUAUAUCAGUUACCAGUGGAAUAGUAGUCACGGCUUUGAUAGCUAGAUAUUUGCGUCGAAGAAAAAAUGUGUCUUUAAAUAAUUUUAAACUAAUGUCAGGCUACAAGAAAAGUAAAGGAAUAAAAUGUCCUGUAGAUGGAAUCAGUUCAAAAGGAGUACACAGGCAAAAUUCAGUUUUUUCAAAUCUCAAUUACAAUGAAAAAAUGUCUGCAUUUUCACGGAAUUCAAUUUAUGAUAUUAACACAGAGACUUUGAAUAAUGAUUUGCUAACUCCUCAACAGCUUGGUCUCAUGGUACAGUCUGAGUGA